UCCCUAUAACCUAGCUUCUCGCUCAACCCAUUCUCAAACACUGCACUAAACCUCAGACAACACACUCUCGUCGGCUCGUUACACUCAAUCAGUGCCCUCCAUUUCGUCUUCUUCUGAUCUUAAUCUCGCGGAAAAAGAUUCAAUUCUUGCAGUUUUAGGCCUUUCAGCUUGUGAGUGUUUAACAUCGCCCGUUGCCAAAAAAGUUUCUGAAAGAGGAACUCUUCGUGGAACAGCCAAGAUGUCGAGAAAAGGUUUAAUGGAGCAAGACUUGAGUAAACUGGAUGUAACAAAGUUGCAUCCACUUUCUCCUGAAGUCAUCUCUAGGCAGGCAACUAUAAAUAUUGGCACUAUUGGUCAUGUGGCACAUGGAAAAUCAACUGUUGUGAAGGCAAUAUCUGGUGUUCAGACUGUUCGUUUUAAAAAUGAGUUGGAGCGUAAUAUUACAAUCAAGCUUGGAUAUGCAAACGCCAAGAUAUACAAAUGUGAAGAUGAUCGAUGCCCUCGACCUAUGUGCUACAAGGCAUAUGGGAGUGGCAAGGAGGACAGUCCCAUGUGUGAUGUGCCUGGGUUUGAAAACUGCAGGAUGAAAUUGCUGAGGCACGUCUCUUUUGUCGAUUGCCCAGGUCACGAUAUUCUCAUGGCUACAAUGCUUAACGGAGCAGCAAUUAUGGACGGGGCGUUACUUCUCAUAGCUGCCAAUGAAAGUUGUCCCCAACCACAAACUUCUGAGCACCUUGCUGCUGUUGAAAUCAUGCGCCUUCAACAUAUCAUAAUUCUUCAAAACAAAGUUGAUCUGAUUCAGGAAAAUGUAGCCAUUAACCAACAUGAGGCCAUUCAAAAAUUUAUCCAGGGAACUGUUGCUGAUGGUGCCCCUGUUGUGCCAAUUUCUGCCCAGCUGAAAUAUAACAUCGAUGUUGUUUGUGAAUACAUCGUUAAAAAGAUUCCCAUUCCAGAGAGGAACUUCACCUCACCGCCUAAUAUGAUUGUUAUCCGGUCAUUUGAUGUCAAUAAGCCUGGGUUCGAGGUUGAUGAGAUAAGAGGUGGUGUAGCUGGUGGAAGUAUCCUUAGGGGUGUUUUGAAAAUUAAUCAGUUUAUUGAGGUUCGCCCUGGUAUUGUUGUUAAAGACGAGAAUGGGCAUAUAAAGUGCACACCAAUAUAUUCUAGAAUAGUUUCACUGUAUGCUGAACAAAAUGAGCUACAGUUUGCUGUACCUGGAGGUCUCAUUGGUGUUGGCACAACCAUGGACCCUACUUUGACGCGUGCUGAUAGGUUGGUGGGUCAGGUUCUUGGGGAAGUUGGAUCACUCCCUGAGGUUUUUGUUGAGCUUGAGGUGAAUUUUUUCCUACUGCGUCGGCUUUUGGGUGUCCGUACAAAGGGCUCAGAAAGGCAGGGAAAAGUCUCCAAACUUGCCAAGGCAGAGAUUCUAAUGUUGAACAUAGGGUCCAUGUCAACUGGUGCUAGAGUUAUUGCUGUGAAGAAUGAUUUAGCAAAACUGCAACUCACAUCUCCAGUGUGUACGAGCAAGGGUGAGAAGAUUGCUCUCAGUCGGAGAGUUGAGAAGCACUGGCGUCUUAUUGGGUGGGGUCAGAUUCAAGCUGGAACCACCCUUGAUGUUCCUGACUGUCCCCCGCUAGUUUGAAGGAGAUCAAGAAUAACACUAAGAGAAAACUAGUACAACGGUGAGAGUAAUAGUUGAGAAAUGUGGGAAGGAAGACAGUUACUUGGGACAAUUUUUGUUAAUGGAGAAGA